AUGAAUCUCUCGUUGUGGAAAGCUCUGUUUCGGCGCGUGUCUAUGGAGAACUCGUUGCUGAUAUCAGAAUGUGGCAUGACUUUGAAAGAUUACGAAAAUGCAGCGACUGCUCCUGCUCGUUUUCUCUCCAGUUUUCAAUCGUCCAACCAGCAUGGUAUUCCACUGAAGGUUUACUCAAGUCAUUACAUCGAUACAGAUCUUCUCAGAGACAUCCCAGUCUUUUCCGAAUCCGUAUCCGCGGUAUACCUCGUUCCUGGUGGACAGUUUAUGUUAACUCAACAUGAAGGCUUCACUUCAGAGAUCCAUCUUUGGGACCUUGGUGCUCCCGGAAAAUCCGACCGAGGUCAUGAUUUUCAAGACCUUUUGCCACUUGCUUCCCUCGAGGACCGUUCCUUUCUCUCGUCUCUCCCAGCUCACCCCACCGGAAAUGGGCAAGGAAUAAUAUUGUUUGCCUGCAAGGACGCGCUUGGAGAGGAAGAAGGGGAAUGCGAACGAGAUAUUUUUGUCUAUGAAAUCUAUCCAAUGUUAGAGGGCGCAUCAUUUCGUCAAAUUGCUACCCAAAGCUAUAACUACAGUGCGAAUGAAGAUCUUUCUUACGCGUUUAAUCACAACAAGUUGGUCAUGUUUGUCGAUGAGGGCAUUGUCCGUAUCUGGGACUACGUUACUAGUACUCAAGCAACAUGGUCUGUGCCAAUGUACCCAAUAAUCAGUAAUAUUUUUCUUCGAGGCGAAAUAGUUAUAAUUCAACAUAGCAACUUGGUUUCUCUCUAUACAAUCCCAGAAUUGCAUACCCUUGACAGUUCCCUUUCAAGCGAUGCACAAAGUUGGGAUCCUAUCUUCAGCUCAGAACUCCCUUCUAUUCCCCAAAUUUCUCCCCAGUUUGAAGUAGAAGCUCCGGAUCCCUGGUACAAUCAAUCAGAACUUCCUAUUCAUAUUGAUUCUCUGAUAUACUCAGAGGGCGAAGAGCCAUACAACCAAAGCCAAUCAGCCAUUCGCUACCGUCUCUAUGUUUCCUCUCUUGUCGAUGAAUACCUUUCGAAUCGUUCUGCAUCACAGCUGCACAACAAAGAAUCCGACUUCACUACAAUUCCUGCUAGCGACGGCUGUUUAGAGGGAUACAGAUUCUGUGAAAAACAAAUGAUCUCAUUCUCGAGUUUUGACAAGGGGUUAUCAAUUCAAAGGGCUCAAAUGGAUAUUACAAAUGUCCCACUUUUGUUAGACCAGCCCCGCAUGACAACAGCUGUACAUCGCUGUCCUCAAAACGAGAAAACUCUGGUCUCGCUGUGUUCGGCGUCAGGGCGUUUUGUCAACUGUCACGCCGAAAGGCUCUUGAUUGAGAUAGUUGACUUUCUUCCUCAUCCAUCUUCUGAGGGCAAACCUUUGCCUGAAUACGAAAGUGAUUCAGACUGA